UUAGAUCCACCAAACGUCCCAGUCUCCCUUCCCUCCCUGGCACUUCCUUAGACCCACCAAAUGCCACCCUGUCUCCCUUCUCUCCCUGGCCCUCCCCAGAAUGGUCUCUUCAGACAAACCCUAGAUACAAACUUCAACACUCCACACACACUGCACUCUGUGGUUAGAGCGGUGGAGAGGGGCAGAGGGGCAUCCUGCCAUGAGGGUCUUCAUCGCCUUCGAUGGUUCCUGCGAGCCUUUUGACGUCUCUCCUGACCAGACCGUGGGGAGCGUAAAACUGAUGGUAAAGGAUUACUUCCACGUGCAACUGUCAGACGACAAGCAGGUGAGGCACUUCCUGGAACUGAGCUAUGCUGGUGCCAUCCUUCUGGACAACUGGGUCCUGACAGACGUUGGCAUCACCCCUAGCAGUGCCAUCUGCUGCCUGCUAAAGCAGGAGCCGGUGGUGCGUGUGUUCAGUGCCGUGACGGGGGAGACCCUCUCAGUCUUGGGCACGGUGUUUCUCCUGAGUACGUCUGUGGCCAGGCUCAUGACCCUGGUGUCCCAGCAGUGUGGGCUUCCCGUCAGCUCCUUCAGACUGAGCUCUCCCACCGGCCUGCAACUCUACAACUGCAACCGGCUCCACGACUACGCCGUUGACGUGGGGGCUACUCUACGGUUGGACACCUGGGAUGGGUGGGCGGAGUUUAUCAGAGGCUGCUUCCUGGGACACAGACUGACCGUCCAACGAUACCUGUCUAGGGAGAGACCUGUGAUGAGGUUCCAGCUCCGGGUGGCACUCUACAUCGCUGCUUCUCUGGGCCACCUGGACCUGGCCGACUGGCUGCUGGAGAGGGGGGUACGUGCCAUUGAGCCGGUGGGGGUCCACCCUUACCGUGAGUGGUGCCACCAGAUGGCCCACCCCGACGCCGCCAAGUGUCCCGCCGUCGCCUCCAUCGAGCGCGGCCAGCUCACCAUCCUCAAACUCUUUAUCGCCAGCAGCGUUCUGACCCUUGCCUGUCGGGAUCCCCAGGGUCGUGACCCCCUGAGGAUCGCCCUCCAGCACGGCCACAGAGAGUGUGUGUGUCACCUGGCCACCAAGCUGUGCUCUGUGGUGGUCCUCCCAGGUAUGGCUCUGCCCAUGCGGACAUACGUCCAGAUAAAGCGCUGGGUGAGGCUGGGGCAGAGGAGGGCAGCAUCCAGGCACUGCAUGGGCCUCAACAGGGCUCCGUUCAGGACCAGGGUGGGCGACACGGUCCUGGUGGACGGCUUCACCCUCCCCAAGAUGUCCUCCAAGCCCAGGAGGAGUGAGGCCAAGGCGAGUAUCAGGGUGGCGUCCAAAGCCUCUCAACCUUUGACCCCCAUCAACUGCCCGUCUCAUGUAUCCUGCACGCUCCGCGCCCUGGCAUCCCUGGAUGCACCUCUUCAACUACCGAAGCUACCCCCUGUCGCCACGAGGGAUGGAAGAGAGAAGAGGGGAUGUGGCGGGAAGGGAUGUGAGGAGGAUGAGAGUGGGGAUCAGAACAGCAACCAAUGGAGGAGCAGAGUCUCGCUCCCGCCCAUUUCCAGAGACACCAAUCUCAGACCUGUGUUUGCCUCUGCCUCGCCAAACUCCGCCCAGAUCCUCACCACCUCACUGGAGUCCUUUUCUCUCCACUGCAACCGCACACCCAGACAAAACGCCAUAUACUGUUUGGCCUUGGCCAGGUUAGUCCAACUUUAAAUGACAGUGAUUUACAAGUGAAAUUACAGUGUUAUUUCAACGCUACGGUUUUAAUAUGAAUAUUUCUCUGGAGGUUUCUUAUGAAAGGUGUGAAUACUGUCAGAAGAUGCCUCCUAUAAUCAGUGGUGGGGGGGAAAACACAUGUAAAAGCUGUUUACACACUUUUUAUUUUAUUUUGCGCAAGCGUUUACCCACCUUUUGUGGAAGAUGCAUUGAAAGUAUAGGGAGCGUUACUUCUUUAAUCCUGAACGGCAAUCAGCAUUUCCCAGUCAAUGUUUUUACCACUUCAUCACUGCCUAUGAUAUACCCUUAUCCUCCCUGAAUAGAUUUUAGUCAAAACAAAUCAUGAGCCAACCAUCAUGCUAAGAAGGUAUAUAGAGUCAAAUCAACUCAAAAUGUAUUUGUCACUUGCGCUGAAUACAACAAGUGUAGACCUUUCCGUGAAAUGCUUACUUACAAGCCCUUAACCAACAGUGCAGUUCAAGAAGAGUUAAGAGAAUAUUUACCAAAUAAACUAAAGUAACAAAUAAUAAAACAUUUUUAACUAGUCCGGUGGCCAUUUGAUUAAUUGUUCAGCAGUCUUAUGGCUUGGGGUUAGAAGCUGUUAUUGGUUUACCCUAACAAGUCCUAAAACAAAUCAUGAGCCAACUAUCAUGCUUAGAAGGUAUAUAGAGUGUCAGCCUUAUUGGUUUACUCUAACAAGUUGUUUCAGUAUGGGGAGAGGAAAGGAUGUAAGAAAGGGAGCUUCAUUAAUGUAUUGAGGCCAUGACAUAUACAGUAUUUCACAAUGUUAGACCACAGAUUUGGCCUCCUAACCUUGUUCUGGUUGAUUGACUCUCUAACAGUGCCUUCACACAGAGCCCAUGGCUGCAGCAGCUGAAUGUAGCGCGGACUCUGGCCAGGAGGAGUGCUCAGCACAUUGGGUAGACACCAGGAUCCUGCUCAUUAGGCAGAUUAAACAUACUGUAACAAGGAGGGACAACCUGGACUUGUUCAAAAAGGAACUCUUAUUUAAGUUUUCUCUUCGGCAAAACAUUAAAAAAAUGUUUUCCAUUGUGUGCCCUCAUGAACACAACCCAGAGAUCAACAACACUAACUGGUACCUCACAAAGUACCUGUAUUGUCACCAACAAGGGAGGAAAAUACAGUGAACAAGAUGAGACUUGGGAACAGAUGAUGCCUGAAACAAUGCGGACGACGAAGAAUUUAGUUCCUUUUGAUGAGGCUUAUAGAUAUAUAAAGAUACUUAUAGAUAUAGUCAGUACUGUGUUUGAUUUGUGUGUAGAAGGUUUAUAACGGCAGGCAGUGGAUUCUCAGUCAUCCGUAUUCUCAAGUAACAAAAACGUUUCAUAUUUCACUGGCUAUUUGUAGUAGCCAAAUGUGAAUGGAAUUAUUAUUCUUGUUUGUCUUUAUUCUAGAGUCAUUCAGUUGAAUGUGACUGUUUGUGAUUGUACUGAAUGUGAUUGUACUGAAUGUGAUUGUACUGAAUGUGAUUGUACUGAAUGUGAUUGUACUGAAUGUGAUUGUACUGUAUGUGAUUGUACUGUUUGUGAUUGUACUGUAUGUGAUUGUAAGUGUUUGACAUGGGUCUAAUUGAGGCUCCAAACCCCCCCACUUAACACUAGUUUUUGUCCAUAGAAAUCCCCACUUGCUGAUGAAGACCUAUAGUGGUUGAAAUCAAUGUAAAAUACACAGUAUGAACACUGCUGCAUUACAACUAUUUCAUUAAGAUGUGAAUCAUAAUUGCUCAUAUAAAUGAGUCUGUGCAGUGUCAAAAUAAUACAUCUGUUACAUAAGGGAAAUAAAUACCACAAAAGACAUGAAAUAAUGGCAUUAUGGGGAAAAUAAUACAAAAAUACAUACUGUAUUUCAGAGUAUUUGAAAAAACCCUGUUUACAUUUACAUUUUAGUCAUUUAGCAGACGCUCUUAUCCAGAGCGACUUACAGUAGUGAAUGCAUACAUUUCAUGUUUAUUUACGUUACAAAACUGACAACUACUCUAACAAUGUGUUAGACAGCAUGUGUCAUCAUAGGCUAAAGGGUAGCCCAUUCCCCUGCAGUAUGUGGAUUUACACAGCAACAUAGCAGACAACUGAAAUAGUUUAUUUUUAUUUAACCUUUAUUUCACUAGACAAGUCAGUUAAGAACAAAUUCUUAUUUACAAUGACGGCCAAACCCGGAUGACGCUGGGCCAACUAUGCGGCACACUAUGGGACUCCCAAUCACUUGGAGUGGGAAGGACACAGAAUCCAAUAUCACACACUUCAUCCAUAGUAUUCUGAGAACUGUCAGAUAGCUGUGAGAGCUAUGAGUGGAUCGUUGACCCCAUGCAUAAAUGAUAACUUUGCUUUAACUCAGUGGGGCAAGUAGAACAUACCGCUUAGUGUAUGUCCAUUGUCUUGUCAGUUGAUUGUCUUUGUCUCAAAGCUUUUUCAUUUCUGGGGUAUUGAAGAAGCUUCUGAUCUCAAACUUCUUGACAGGUAAGAAACACUUGGUUAGUGUAUGCGUCUCAUCCAGUGUAUUGUCAGGUGAACGUUGAAGAUGCUUCUUGGAGGUGAUCUAAUGAUGUCAUUCAAUCGUUGUCAUUGAGUUGCUCACUGGACAAGACAAUUAUUCACUGAAAAUGAAAUCUGUAUUUUAAUUUCACUUGUUGAUAUUUGAUUGGCUAUUUGCUGUCUUUUGAAAAUACAAAAAUAAAUAUAUCUGGUUUUAUGAA